ACGCUCCCCAUCAGACGACGGUUCUUUGCAAACAGCAAACGCGCUGUGCAUGAGAUCAACUAGGAUUCAGACAAGUUCACAGCAGGCGAGAAAAAGAGGAUCGUAGGAGCUAAAGGAUUUGAGAAGUGUUCGUACUGUGCAACAAACACAGGGUGACGCUCCGGUCCCGGGAACCCAAGGGACAGUACGCGGGCGAGGAGAGGACAAAGAGCUCACGGGGCGACGGAUACUGCUCUUUCCUUUUGGAUUGCUUGUGUUUGGCUCUCGGGUUUUCUCGCUUCGCUCCUCCCGGGCUGACGGCAGAGGGGGGGAGAGGAGGCCGAGUCGCCGCAGGGAUGAAGUACAACUACCACGUUCCGGUGUCGACGUACACCCGCAGCUCGCAGUACACGCCGACGUACCACACCCCUACCUAUUACACAGCCUCCCAUUACACCCCGACCACGGCGCUCUACGCGGCCGCUUACACCUCUCCGACAAAGUACACCUCGACGCAGUACAGCGCGCCGUCGCAAUACACGUCCACCUACAGGCCGGCAUCCACGUACACGUCCUCGUACAGCAAGGGGUCACGGUACAGUUCAACGCGCCGCACAGCAGCGCAGGAAAGCCCUGCGCCGGUGAUACCCGUCGCACCUGCAAAGAGAACGGUGCACUUCCCGAAUGACAUCAUCUUCCAGGACAUUGUGAGACGAGGAGAUCUGGAGCAGAUCGGUCGCUUCAUGCGAGCGAGGAAGGUUCGGGUGGACGCACUCUUCCACUCGGGUAUGGCAGCGCUCCAUGAAGCCGUGCUGACAGGAAACCUGGAGGUGGUGAAGUUGCUGGUGAAAUAUGGCGCUGACGUUCACCAGAGAGACGAGGACGGCUGGACGCCGCUCCACAUGGCCUGCAGCGACGGAUACCCGGAGAUUGCUAGGUAUCUGCUGUCGAUAGGCGCCAGCACAGAGGCGGAGAACGAAAGCGGAGAAAAGCCCCAAGGCCUCAUCGACCCAGACUGCAAAGAGCUGGUCAAACUGUUUGAGGCCGGUUGUGUGUGAUCGGGCACCGGAGGGACCCAAGACAGAGGAGCAACCAAGACAGAAGGCUCAGCAGCCACUUGGAGAAUAAGGAAAUGUAUUUAACAAUUCUACACAGUGCAAUACCAAAGAAACUCGUAACAGGGUGGAAGUACUGAGUCCGAGGUUCACUGACCCUGUGAUGCAAGAUGGCGGUUCUGUGUUUAAGUUUAAAAGAUGUUUUUUUAAGAUGCCGCACAAAAGCUAUACUUUAUGGGGCUUCUAUUUUUUUGUGGUUAUUUUGAUUAACUUCGUUUUGCAUAUUUGUCGUUUAUUGCAGGUUUCUAUGUAGCAAAUGUAAAUGUGUUUUUUUUCCGUCUUCACUCUCAGUGCCUUUAACACAACACUAAAAAUAUGUCACUGCGGGACUAAAUACCUACUGAUUUCUAAAGGGCAUAAGAUGAAUCUAUAUCUUCUUGCCAUUUUGGUUUCAUUAUUUUAGGUCGCUGGUAGCACCCUGCGGUGUUUAUUUUCCAAACUAUUGUUGUAUAUAUAGAAUAUAUAAUUACAAUGAAUUUACAAUACAGAAUUUGGGCCGGAUAUGUUUGUGUUUAUAGACUGAGUUAUCUAUUCUCGCUGCUGGGCAGAAAGAGGAUCAGCCAAAUAAAUAAUUGAUGGUCAGAAAUAAAACAAAAACAUAAUUUUAAAAACCUUAAGUUUAUGCCGUGUUAGCGCUUUUACUGCUGUAGUAUUUCCCCGGGUGUAAUGCUUUUGUAUUCUGUAGUAGAAAUACAAAUGUUAGCAAAGAAAGUCUUAUUGUUUUCUCCUCAAUAACUAUUUUUGUACCUUUUCAUAAAUAAAAACACAUUUUGUAAAUUUU